UGUUGUUGUUCCGCGGCAGCGGCGGCGGCGGUAAGAUGGCUGCCCACGGGGGCUCCGCGGCGUCUUCGGCGCUGAAGGGGUUAAUUCAACAGUUCACCGCCAUCACCGGUGCAAGUGAAAGUGUAGGGAAACAUAUGCUUGAAGCCUGCAACAAUAAUCUGGAGAUGGCAGUCACAAUGUUUUUGGAUGGUGGUGGAAUCGCUGAAGAGCCCAGUACCAGUUCAGCAAGUGUCUCCACUGUUAGACCACACACAGAAGAAGAAGUUCGUGCCCCAAUUCCUCAAAAGCAGGAAAUAUUGGUGGAACCAGAACCUUUGUUUGGUGCUCCUAAAAGACGGCGGCCUGCACGUUCAAUAUUUGAUGGUUUCCGGGAUUUUCAAACCGAAACUAGUAGUUCGGCAAGAACAGGAAUUAAGAAAUGGAGGAGCAAUAGAUAAGAAACUAACUACCCUUGCAGAUCUGUUCCGGCCACCCAUUGAUUUGAUGCAUAAAGGCAGCUUUGAAACAGCCAAAGAGUGUGGCCAGAUGCAGAAUAAGUGGCUGAUGAUAAACAUUCAAAAUGUACAAGACUUUGCAUGCCAGUGCCUCAACCGUGAUGUGUGGAGCAAUGAAGCUGUGAAGAAUAUUAUCCGGGAACAUUUCAUUUUCUGGCAGGUUUAUCACGACAGUGAGGAAGGUCAGAGAUACAUACAGUUUUAUAAGCUAGGGGAUUUCCCCUAUGUUUCCAUCUUGGAUCCACGGACAGGUCAGAAGCUAGUAGAGUGGCACCAGUUAGAUGUAUCUUCUUUCUUGGACCAAGUGACAGGAUUUCUGGGUGAACAUGGGCAACUGGAUGGACUUUCUAGUAGUCCCCCCAAAAAAUGUGCCCGUUCAGAGAGCCUUAUAGAUGCAAGUGAAGAUAGCCAGCUAGAAGCUGCCAUCAGAGCCUCCUUGCAAGAGACACAUUUUGAUUCAUCACAGACAAAACAGGAUAGCCGCUCAGAUGAAGAAUCUGAAUCUGAACUUUUUUCUGGCAGUGAGGAAUUCAUAUCCAUUUGUGGCUCUGAUGAAGAAGAGGAGAUAGAGAAUCUUGCCAAGUCCAGAAAGUCUCCCCACAAAGAUUUGGGGCAUAGAAAAGAGGAGAACAGAAGGCUGCUGGCUGAGCCCCCUGCCCGAACUGAGCCUGGAACAACCACAAACCACCAAGGAUUGCCAGUCAUGGAUUCAGAAAUAUUGGAGAUGUCACCUGAAAAAUCAGAUGGAAUAGUGGAGGGCAUUGAUGUAAAUGGACCAAAAGCACAGCUGAUGUUGCGGUAUCCAGACGGAAAAAGGGAACAGAUCACUCUUCCAGAGCAAGCUAAAUUGCUAGCUUUGGUGAAACAUGUCCAGUCUAAAGGAUAUCCAAAUGAACGUUUUGAACUUCUCACCAACUUUCCUCGAAGGAAACUCUCUCAUCUGGACUAUGACAUUACAUUACAAGAGGCAGGCCUUUGUCCUCAAGAGACUGUCUUUGUACAGGAAAGAAAUUAGCAUCAUGGCCUGACCUCUCUCAGCUUACCCCUUUUUUUCCUUUUCCUGUGAGAUACCAUGUCACUGAGUAUGCAUUUUGGCUCAUAGGACCAUAGAGCCAAAGUUGGGCAAGCAAGUCACCUAUCUUCUCUUUUAUUCCUUGCUCUCUCCUAUAAUAAAUCUUUCACUUCCUACCCCCCCCCCCUUUUUUUCCCUCUCCUCUCCUAUUUUCGUCUUUUUCCUACUUUUCUUUCUUUCUUACCUAAUCAGGUGACCAAAUGGAAGUGUAAGGAGAAGACCUCCUAGUACUGGCAGCAGGAAAUGUAUGUUCCAAUAAGUGGUCUCUUGCAUGGCACUUUUUCGGGAUCAAAUGAUAAUGUUACUACUCCUCAAACUCCUUUGGUAAAGAAAUGACUGAUUCAGAAUAAGAACGACCUCCUUUUUUUGUAAGCCCCAUUUUUAGUAGGGAGAAGAAAUUCUCUAACACAUUUUGUUUUGUUUUAUUGUUCAUGUAAGAAAUAUCACAUAACAAAAUAUCCAGGCUUUUGUUUACAUGGAACAAGCAUCCCUUAUAAUUAUUAUUCAUCAUAUUUUAAAAUUAUUUUAAAGAAUUUCCAUCCUCCCAGCUAGAAUUAUUUCCAUGAGAUGUGUUAUUGGCAAAAUCAGUGUUAAAUGUUGGGUGAGUAGCAUGAGAUGGCUUUCAAUGCCCUAGCCUGAGACAGUUUUCUUUGUUACUACUCUGUAAACUGUAUUGAUCCUGCUAGUCCUGGAAUGGACUUUUAGUGAGCAUAUUGUGGUGACUGGGAUAGGAAGGUGCUUGCUGUUUUUGCCAGUACAGCAUAUUAGUUCCUUUGGCCCUUCCAUUGUUUGGGUCUACAAGUGAUCUAUAGGAAGGCAGCUAUUCAAUAAUCAUGCAAUACAGUGGCUUGUAGUUUUAACCACUAUGGUUAUUGAUUGUCCUGUGUGCUUUAGGCAUACUUAUGUAUGUCCUGGGGGGAAAAGAAAAAGAUGCAGCUGAGAGUAGCUAACCUUGUUCCUUUGGUUAGAAAUAAUGAUUCAUUUUUUACCCCUGGUUGGAACAGUCUCUAAAAGGCUCUGGUGACUAAAUGAACUAAUUCCUUAUGCUUUUUCUUGCAAAAGGUCUCAAAACUGAAAGCCAGUCUAAAGGGAAGACCUUUAAAUUUAAGUCAUAAGACAACAUUUAGUAAGGGAGGUGGGGAAGAUUGCCAGUAGUCAUCAGAUGUUCUGGGUUUUUUUCUGCCAACAAAAGCCACAUUCAAAUUGUAGUUGGUAAAAGCUUUUUUUAGUAUUGUUUAGAAGAUGCCAUGUUGAAUUUACAUAACACUACUGGACUUAACAGCUUCACUAUAUGCUCAGUUCCUAUUUAGAGCUUUAAAUUGUUUUUCUGAAGGGGUAGUGGUGAGUCUGAUGGCAAAAUCAAAACUUUAAAUUGCUAUGAAAUGUACCUUAUUUUAUCAAUUGGGGAUUUAGAUUGAUUGAUUCUUCUACUUGAAGAACAUAAAUUGCUAUUGCUCAGAGACCUUUAGGUUCCCAUCUAUUUUAAGAUCACUUUCUUGGUAACUAGGGGAUUUUAAAAAAUGAUGCUUGUGUGUUGCUAGUACUCAGUUAGAGAAUAUGGUUUCAAUGGUUGAACUUUGAGGGACCCACCCUAAAGAACGAGUAAUGUUUCUCCUCAAGGAAAUCAUGGAAAAUUUUGUUUAUUCUUCAGUGAGUCCUUUUGGAUUAAUGUUCUUACAUUUUUUCUAAGUCUGUGUAAGUGCUUAUGUAUAAGUAUAUAAUUGUAUAAAUAUUUAUAAAUAUAUUUAUAUAAUUACAAUUUCAUUUAUACCUUGAGUCAAAGUUCUCUCUUUAGACUGGUGACUGAGUAGUACCACUUUGGUGUUUUUUCAUAGGCUCUUGAGGCUAACUAGCGCUUCUGAAUUAUUGAGGAAAUACGGUUUUCAUGUUAAUUCCUCAAUUUUAUCUCUGAACUUGGAUAAUAGACUUACUGUCUAAGGAAUAGAGCUGUAUACUAUCAAAGAAUGCAUUAGAGGGUAAAAAAUUGUUCAUAGUAGACAAGGUCAGAAUCUAAAAAUUCAGGGAGAUACAGGGUAAGAAGUGAGGGUAUGCCCAGUUUAGGUGACAUGAUGGCACCUAUCUCCACUCAGCAAAGUAAAGUCACAGCUAAAGCCAAAAUCUGUCAAAAAUGUGAAGUCAAGAACUUUCCCUGUAGGACUCUAUUUUAUUCUUCUACCUAUUAGCUUCUCUUUAUAAAAUAUGUCUAGAGAACCUGAGACAACAUGUUCAUUAAUGAUAGGAUAUAGUUCUUUUUGAUAAGCUCAGCCCUGGCAUAUCCAUUUGUGAGAAACCAAAGUGACUUUUUCAACUGUGAAAUGACCAAGUAUAUAUAUAAAGUGAUUUAAGUAAGCAUAUUAAAGAGAUGGGGCAUGAGAUAUUGACUCAACUUAGAGACAGCUGGGGUGUUUAAAGUACAAAGUGUAAAGGAUUUUAUUUUAUUUUGAGGCAGGAGUGUAAUUAACCUGGGCUUUGAUAUAGGGGUCCUUGGGAAGGAGGGGUUAUGGAUUGUACAUGGGAAGAGUGAAUAAGGAAUAUUGCUUAAUUCAAGAACUUAAUCCACUUAGGGAGUAUACUUCCUCUUGUUUUAUUUCCUCUGCAAAUGCUUUUGCUCUUUAGAGGAGAGGUUUUAUUGAAUAGAUUAAAUGAGGUUAGCAAGAUAAUUUAAAAAUAGCCAUUCCUUGUGGGUAUUGGAAACGGCUUGAAAGAGAAUAUAAAAGUUCGGGAGGAAAAGAACAAGAUAGACUUUGAGAGUAAGUAAUGAGAUAAAUACAGGGAGAUAAAAUGAAAAUCAUUGGGGAAAAAGUGACAGGAAACUCUUGAAAUUGGUUUAGGAGGGAACCAGAGAAGAGAAAAAACAGCCAAAUGUGGGAAGAACAGGGAACUAGUUUUGAUAAUUAGCAUGUACUAGGUACCGUAUAUGCAUUUUCUCCGUUAAUCUUUCUAAGAACCCUACAAAAGGCAUAUCUUCCCCAUUUUAGAGAUGAGAAAAUUGAAGUUCAGAGAACUUGUUCAGGAUGUCACAGCCAGUAAGUGGCAAAAUUAAAACUGGCAUCCAGAGUCCACAUUUUUUUCACUCCAAUGCUAUUGUCUCCUACAACAGGAGAAUCAGCCCAAAAGGCUAUCUUCCCAUUGUUUGGCUCUUUAAAGUAUUUGAUUAUGUUUCCAUAAAGCUGGUGGGAUUUGUGCUAUGCCUAUAAAUUCCUAUUUACACCAUUAUUUUGAGGGGCUGAUUAUUGUUUUCUUGAAAUGAUGGACUGAUAAAAGUGUGAAAGGAAAAUAACUAUGUGGCAUUAUUUGCCAAGAAUAAAUAGAAAUGAUAAAAAGGGAUUUUAUCUUUUUUAAACCACUUUCAGAAAAGAUAUAAUUAUCUUUUCUAUAUCCCACCCAUACCAGAUUAUUGAAUCCUUUUAAGUAUAUCUUUUUAAAUAUUUUAUAAAAUUCUUCUUUGUAUAGAUCAGUUAUUUAUUGAGUUCUUAAUCAAAGUUGAAAACAUUUUGAAAUCUAAGAUUUAGUUCCUGCCUGUUUAAUUCAGUUGGAGAGACACUACACAUGAGAUAAUUGGAGAACAUGUAAAUGCUUACCUUUCUGGGGCUGAACUAUAAUUGCAAUAGACAUUUAGGAAGGGAAAGAAUAGUGUUAACACUUUAGUUGGGACAGUCUUCACAAAAACAUAAAACUGAAAAGUGGCAAAUACUGUAGCUAAAAUUUUCUUUUGACUCACUUGUAUUCUUUAGUUGCAACUUUUGUAACUACUUAGGACAUGGCAUUUAUCAGUAAGGCAUACCUAAUACACAAAUAGGAAAGGAUUACUGGUCCCAGGACUAAAGAUUUUAGCUAGCAGGGAUCUUACUUGGACACUUACCAAAUACUAGAGGGAGCCACUAGCAACUGAAAAGUGAUGGAAGGAUUUAACUUCUCUACCCAGGUACAAAUUAAAUGUAUGUUAUAUAUGAUAUGCAGAAGGGGUACUGCAUGUAGGCAUAAAGUGCACUUGGGUAACAGCUCUGCUACUAGUUAACAGAAAAUUGGACUAGAUCAAGAGUUCUCAGUCUGUUCAAGUAAAAUAACUUGUGAUGUUAAAAUUUGUCAGGGGUAGGGAACUGUGAAGUAUUAAUAUCAUUCAUUUUAUUGAUGGAGAAAAUGUAAAUGUGCAUAUGGAAUUGCAGACCCCUUGCAGAAACUCGAGAAACCCACAGAUUGUAGACCACUGAAUUAGAUUAUCUCUGAAGUCCUUUCCACUCCAAAAGUUUAUGCUUCUAGUCUUUCCUCUUUAUUAUAUAUUAUCCCUAGGCUAAUUAAAAGUAUACUUGUUAAUCAGUUCCUUUGCUUUUUUUCUGUGUCCAGGUUUCAUUUUCCCAAUAACUAAUCUCACUUGACUGAAAUCUCCAAAAAGGGGAGUAUAAUAGUUAUAGAUCUAGUAAUGAUUAUUUAAACACAAUAUAUUAAUUAAAAAAACUUGAUGAAGUGUUCCUAAACAUUGUGGAGUAUGACUAAAAUUUAAUGAGAACCAAAUAUUUCACUGACACCAGAGUUAAAUUUUAUUUUACCUGUGUGCUUAAACAAAGCUCUUUACUCACUGAGCAGUUAGGAAAUUGAUUUGUGAUUUGUGUAAGUUGUAAAAUUUACAUAUUUUUGGCAGAAACAACUUUUUCAGAUCCAGUUAGGCUGACUUAAAAUUAUUUCUUAUCCCACAGAGUAUAUCUCCAUUGUGUCAUUCUCUUUUCUCGCCCUCUUUCAUUUAACUACUUAAUAGUAAAUCAGAGGAUGCAGAUUGAUGAAUAAGUAAUGUAUAAAAAGUAAAUGAGAGUAAGAAGAUUCAACCCUCUGAUGAACAGGGCAGUUUUCCAAAUAUAGAAGCCUUGAUGAAAAGGCUACUUAAAGACAUCUGUGUACUAUGAAUAUUCAACUUUAUUGAUUUGCCUUGGCUAGCACUUCAGUUAUUAUCUUGCCAUUAAACUUAAUUGCACUGUACACAUUAUAGAAUAGUGGCUAAAGAAUGUUCUUUGGUACUGAAAAUAACCAACAGAGAAUACCAAGCCAAUAUGUUGAUUUCUCCUGUUAUGAGAAAUUUGGUAUUUUAAUGAUGGUUAUUUUGACUCACCUGUAUGUCAGUCCUGCUAUAGAGAGGCCACAUAGAAUCAAGAGUAUUUUUCAUAGAGAUUAUGAUGACCUUGGUAGUUUUCUCAUUGAAGAGAAUUUGUGGUUAAAAUUACUGGAUGUAUUAUAUGAGGCCCUUGAUUAGAAGAUCUUUUAAUCCUUUUUCUUUUACUUUUCCAUUCUCUGUUCCUGAUUUUUCACAUCUAUUCUCUAAAAAUUAGUCAUGAUUUUUAAUGAAAUUGGCUGUUUAAGAAAUUCACUUCCAAGUUUUGGUAUGUAACAUUAAAAAAAAUUAUAAGUUAAUAUUCAAAGGAAGAAUUUGAGGCAAACAAUUUUAUAGCUCAUUUUCUCUCUACUUAAGAGUUCUUUCAUUCCAAAUAUAGACUGGCUAGCUCCACGACGCUCCUCCCCCCUUUUGUGGCCUGCAGAAUGCUCUUGUAUUUUGCUUAGGACCUCAGUCAUUCUCAUGAACAUGAUUUUUGGUACAGGUCUUUCUUUGCCAUGUGAUCUGAAAGAAGAAUUGAGUAGUCCAAUACAAACUACAUUAGUAAAAACAAUUUAGCAUUGCUGUAAAGUUGUUGUUGUUUUUUUUUUUUUUAAAUAACCACAUUUACUUGUAGGAUUAGCGAUACAAAUAUUAAUGGUACUAUUUUGCCUAAGAACAGUCACAUAUUAAUCUAUUAUGGGAAAUUGUCUUGUUGUACUUAAUUUUCUUGCAACAGACAACAAGAUUUUAUUGUUUGCUUAAAUGGUAUUUCUUCUAAAGGGAUCAAAAUGCCCAAAGAGUUUAUAUCCAUAUAAGAUCAUUUGGAUUUUUAAAUAAGAAGUCAGGCUAAGCUGGAUUGAACAUAAAAUUUUUAUCUCCAUUAAAAGAAGUUAUUAAUCUAACUGAGCUACCAUGAAUCAUUCAUUUAUCAGAUGUGGUAAAUAAAAUGGGAAACAUUUCAAAUCAUUAGAUAAAUUCUGACCUGGAAUUGAAUUCUCUCUUCCUUAAAAGCUUUUUUAUUUGCCUUUUUCAUAGAUUCAAUGUGGGCAUCUUAAUUGAUAAGGGAUUCUUGAUCUGGAACCAUUCCCUGCCAUUCUGCUUUUCUUCUCUGUCAAAGUCACUGGCUUUAGAGUACAUGUCACCAGGAUCUAUUUCAAGUUAAUGACAUUGAAAUGUUGAUGCUCAGUUGGAUUUGUUGCUGUUUUCAACAAAAUGGUUUUAUAGAAUGCUUUCUCAAGGCUUCUGUAUUCUUAAAUAAUGGAAAAUAUCAAUAAAUUAAAUGGUGUGAUUCAAAAUAUAAAUAGAUUUUUGACCCUAGUCAUAUGCUUUUAAUAACUUUGAUAAUUUAUUGCCCUGUAAGUUAAACCUCAUGUGGAGUGAGUAUUACCACCAGAAAAUCUCAUUUUAUCUGCUAAUUAAAAUGAAAGUAGUGUGUGCCCUCCACUUUUUAGUUAAUGAGUAGUAAGCUUAUAGUAGGGGCCAUUUAUCUUACCCAUUUGGGCCUUGGGCCUUGUUAUUCCUGUGUUUGUCCCUUCAGUUUGGAAAGGCAAUUUAAAAUACCUGCUGGGAAGCAGUAAAUCUAUGAGAUAAUCCUCUAGUCUUUGAUUUAGAGAGAUGAGUACCAGUUCAUGCUAACAUGACUCUUAGACUUUGAGGGGCUUCCAUUCAAGUUUUGGCAUGAAUCUUAAAAUUUUAUUCACUCCUUUAAGAAUCUUUCUUAAGAGGGUUUUCCUUUUGAUUGUUAACAAUUUCUAAGCAUUUGAUGUCUUUUUUUUUAACCCUUAAGAAACAAAAGUCUGUUUUCGAGAGUGGGUAUUGAUUGUUCCAUGGAAACUCAGGAGUGUUUGCAGUCUCUGCAUGCUUUGUAUGAGUUCAGUUUGAACAACACGUUUUCAAUCAUCUGGAAUGUCCAAUUCUGGCAUGUCUUCACUAAUUGUGUUUUUUAAACAUUUUUCAUGUUAUUUUUCAAACCUCACUUCCCAUCUUACUCAGAGAGGUUAAUCAAGGAAUGAAAUUUAUUUGGGGAUGGGAUGGGGGUGGGCUGGGUACUUGAGUGAAGUCAACUUGGGGUAUUUGCUUAAAGUGUUUCUCAAGCAGUUCCUAACAGUAUUCAGAGAUUCCCUGGGAUGUUUGUGUACUCAACUUAUUCUGGACAAAGUGGUGGUCUUAGUGAUACUUGCAUUCUUAAUGCAGGAUGGCUCUAAAUUUCAUCUGUAGCAUAACUUUGUUCUUGAAUCCAAGAAGAUAAUGGACAGAGACAGUGCUCCUAUUGUAGUGUUUCUGGCAAGUGCUCCCUAAAAUGCACAUAUAGUUCUCAGUUUUCUGGGCUUUUAAUCCCAUGGUGCUAGGAGAUACCAUUUGUUUCUGCAGCUCUUCUGAAAAAUGGAAAGAAGGCUUUGGGACCAGUGAGUAAGGGGCGCUGGAUCAUUCGCUAAUUUUUUUUGUUCAAGACACACUAGAGACCCUCCUGUAUAUCUAGUAAGUUAUAAUAAAGGUGCUAGGGAAAGCCUUACAUUUGAACACACAUGGAGGCCGGAGAAAAUCUAAAACUUGUAGGAGGAGAAAAACAUGCCAUUAGAUAAAAUAGAGCUGUAACUGCUGGCUAAGACUCAAUGGAACUUCCACUUGCUCUAAAACCAGGGAAAUCUUAGAUGACUGGGUGUGAUAUAUCUAUAGAUACAAUAUAGUCUAUAGGUAAAUAAUUUCUAAAAUGAGGAUCUCUCAGUUGGCAAUCCUCUGGUUUUGGCUGUACCAAAUUGUGAAUAUUCUUGCUGUGUUGUACCCAGUUGCUUUAUAUUGAUACUGCAACUUG